UUUAAACUUUACAUUCUUGGAGACAAAACAGUAAUCUGGGUGUCAGAUUUUCCAUGUUUUGCUUAAAACGCAUCUGGGUCAGCCGCGUUAUGCAAGAAUGAAUCGUUUUGGGAGGCUAGGGGUACCGAAUAUUAAGAGAUUUACAGUCCAUCAGAUAAAGAAAAGGGCUUUGAAUUCAUGGACUGCUGUUCAAGAUACAUAUUAUUCAAUCAAGGAUACUUUUGAGAGGCAUAAGGUGGUGUUUACAAUCUCAACUUCUGUGGCCUCUGUUGCUACAGCAUGGCUUGGUUAUACAUUGCGCCACCUUCACCAAUCAAAAGUUGAAAAGAGGCUCGAUUCAAUUGAAAAUGCAAUGAAAAAAAAUUAUAGCAUGCAGCAUAAUGAAUUCAAAAAGCUUGUUGGAUCAAGCAGCUAUAAUCCCGCAACACAUGUUGUCGUUGGUGGAGCCAGUUUACUCAUCGGGUAUGGCUUGGGCUGGCGAGGGGGAAGAUGGUAUGCAAAUAGAAAGUUUAGAAAGGAGCAGAUGAAGCUGCAGGGACAGAUCAAACCUAGAAGGUGGCCUCUCAGACUGUUGAGAAGGCCAUUGACAAGAUCCAAAUCGAUAGAAAGUGCAGUUAAAACAACUGAAGAAAGUGCAAGUAAAACAACACAAGCGCUACCAAAGAAUGCACCCAUCACACAACCAAGCCCAGUCAUCACUUGAAGUAAAAGAUGUAAAUUUUCACUAGAGACAUUGUUAGAAUAUUAUGAACUUGUAUAAAAUUUUGAUUAUUAUUACUCAUGGAAUCAGGAAGAAAUACAAGCACCUUUCUAGAGUUUCAAGAAAUUUGUCCCGGACCUGUUUCUUUGUUCCUUUUUUUUUUUUGG